AUGUUUCCUGUCGCCUCCAGAAGAAUACUGCUCAAUGCUUCGGUCCUACCAAUGAGAUUGUGCAAUAGAAAUUUUGCUACUACAAGAAUAUCCUAUAACGUCAUACAAGACUUGUAUUUAAGGGAGCUAAAAGAAACUAAGCUGGCUCCAACUACCUUACAAGAUGCUGAAGGUAAUGUUAAGCCUUGGAACCCACCAAAAAAACCAAGUCUACCACAAUUAGAACUUCAGGGCCCAGAUGCUUUAAAAGCUUACACUGAGCAGAACGUAGAAACUGCCCAUGUCGCCAAGGAGUCCGCAGAGGGUGAGUCAGAACCAAUUGAAGACGAUUGGCUAGUUCUGGAUGAUGCCGAGGAAACCAAAGAAAGUCAUUAA